AUGCUGCUUUACCGCGAAGUGGGCCAGAAAUUUUUUGCAGUCCCUGCAAAGUGCAAAGACAAACAAGCGGAGUUUGAUAUUGUUGCUCAAAUGCAAGCCGAAAACGAGAGUCUCGCAGAGAAACUGAAGAUAGUCCAAGAUAAAGCAUUUCACUACAAGGAGGUUGCGACACAAGCGGAAGCUGAGAUUAAAGACCAAAAAUCAAUCAUCCGGGAAGCACAAAUGACCAUUCAUAUUCACCAACAGGACAUUUCGAACUGGAUGGCCGUUGCCGAGUGGUAUCAGAUGAAAUGUUUCCAAUGCUCAAAUGUAUUGGGACAAAUGAUGGCAUUCUUACAAGACACUACAUCUAAUGAUGGGUGA